CCUGCAAACUGCCUUUGCGCUCUGUGUGCUGAGCACUGACAUUCUCUUGUAGCAGACAGACAGCAGCAGUACAAGUGAGACAGUGCUUUCCACAGAAACACGUGUGGCCACAUUGCUUAGGCAAAGGCUUGUGUACAGGUCUCCAGUGAGGAUUUGCCCAUGUUAGUACUGACCAGCUGCCUCAGACCUUCGCGCAGUGACUCGGAUGUCCGACUCGUUGAAACAAGUUUCCCUUAGCUGCCAGCGCUGCGCUCAUUGGCUGGGAAGAGGCUGAUGCCCAGGUUGCUGCUGCGCUGACUGAGGAUUUCCCGGCUGUCCCUUUUGGGGGGAGCACAGCGUGACCGGACUGUACCACUAGCACUAGAACCUCAUCCCGCAGGGGAAAAUGCACUUGCUGGAGGGAGCGCUGCUUGUUCUCUACUACACUGAAUGGGUGCAGCUGGGCGCAGCUUAUGAGUCGGGACAGGGCUAUUACGACGAUCCGGAAUUUGGCGACACAAAGGAUCAACCAGGAAGAGAACUGGAAGAGCAACUGAGGUCGGUGUCCAGUGUGGAUGAACUAAUGACUCUCCUCUACCCCGAAUCGUGGAAAAUGUUUAAGUGCCAACUACGACAAGGAGGCACAACCGGCUUUGAGACCAGGAGGGACGACAAUUUUAAAUUUGCAGCUGCUCAUUAUAAUUACAAUGCCGAAAUCUGGAAAAGUAUUGAAAACGAGUGGCGAAAAACUCAGUGCUUGCCCCGUGAAGUAUGUGUGGACGUAGGGAAAGAAUUCGGAGCACCAACAAACACCUUCUUUAAACCCCCAUGUGUAUCCAUCUACAGAUGUGGGGGCUGCUGUAACAGUGAAGGGCUGCAUUGUAUGAACACCAGCUCGACUUUUGUCAGCAAAACUCUGUUUGAGAUUACAGUCCCGCUAUCUCAAGGACCAGUAAAACCAGUAACAAUUAGUUUUGCAAACCAUACAUCCUGCCGGUGCAUGUCUAAGCUGGAUGUUUACAGACAAGUGCACUCAAUUAUUAGACGAUCCUUGCCAGCCACCCAGUUCCAGUGUCAGGUGGCAAACAAAACUUGCCCUAGACAUCACAUUUGGAACAACCAUAUAUGCAGAUGUAUCAUGCAGCGGGAUGUUGAAGAAGAAGAAGAUAAUGAAGAGACCUUUAAUGAUAUAUGUGGCCCAAACAUGGAGCUUGAUGAAGAGACCUGUCAGUGUGUCUGCAAAGGUGGAUUAGUACCUUCAAGCUGUGGCCCUCAAAAAGAACUAGAUAGAACAUCAUGCCAGUGUGUCUGCAAGAAUAAGCUCCUCGCCAGCUCAUGUGGACCAAAUAAGGAGUAUGAUGAGGAAAAAUGCCAAUGCGUGUGCAAAAAGUCCUGUCCAAAACACCAACCUUUAAACAGUGCAAAAUGUGCCUGCGAGUGCACGGAAUCGCCAAAUAAAUGUUUCCUAAAGGGAAAAAAAUUUCAUUACUCAACAUGCAGCUGUUACAGACCACCAUGUUCAACUCGACCGAAACGUUGUGAACCAGGCUUCUAUUACAGUGAAGAAGUGUGCCAUUGUGUUCCCACAUACUGGAAAAGACCACAUAUGAACUAGUGUCAUCAGCAAAAGAAUAUGAAAGAGCGAUAGGCUUCCAAAUACAAGGAGACCUUUUUUUCUGACUGAUAUACUUUUACAUGAAAUAACCCCACGGGGCUCUCAAGGACACAGAUUGUGAUAUAUGUAUAAGUAUGGGAUGAGAGUUUCAAAGCUCAGCUGAUGCUUUUGUCAUUCUACGGACACACAAAGACUUUUUCUGCCAAUGACAAAACAGCCAAGGUUUUCAUGUGAUUUUUUUUUUUAAUUAAGAUAAUGACUAUAUAAUUUAUUUCCACUAAAAUAUUUUGCAGCAUUCCUCUUUAUUACAGUAACAAUGUAAAGGUGCACUGUGACCAAUAUUUUUAUAUCAUGUAAAAUAUGUUUAAAAUAAAAAAAGACCAAACUUGUACUAUAUACCUCGAAGUGGGAUUCCAUAACAUGCACAGAAUCUGAAUGAAAAAAAAACAAUAUACAAAAUUUAGCUGUAUCAGCUGUAUCUGCAGGAAAGUCAUGUUUGGAAACUGAAACUGUAGUGCCCCAGGAAUGCACCCCAAAAAACUGACAUCAUGCUCAGUCAUUUAUUGUAUGAUAAGAUCAUGAUUAAAUGUCUAGUUUCUUUACA